UAGGACCACUUUAAUCGGUGCUCCCGAGAUGGAAUUCUUGUAAGGCCCUAAAAUACCUGGCUGAUCUCACUGCCGCAAGCAAAUCGUUCAUAUCCCUUGUUCAACAUCUCCCGAAACGGCACAUCAGCCUCAUGCUGUGGCUCCGCACCCGUCAUAUUUCACUUAAUCAGCACCUGCAUCGCAUUGGCAAAAGCGCAUCCCCCAACUGUCCUCAUUGUGAAGAUACUCCCGAGACUGUACAACGCUUCCUCCUCCGAUGCCCUCAAUACGCGCGGGAAGGUCACACCCUCACAUCCGUCCUGAGAAGACGGGCAUCCUCUAUCAAGUACCUGCUCACCGACGUUAAAGCCACAGCGCACCUUAUUCGAUUCGUAAAUAGCACCGGGAGGUUGAAACCUACAACGUCAAACGCACAUUCGUCAGCAGCGCCAUCGCGCUUUUCUAUUCUCACUCGCCAACGCAAGGAAAGGGCGCGGCUCCAAAGCCCAUCUGGAGAUAAGACGAAAAGAGACGUAAGGGACGGCCAGGGACAGAGAACUUUCGAUGUAGAGAUACAUGGCGAAGAAGGUUCCACUAGCAGCCCGUCGUGCUGGACCCAACCCGCCACUCAUUUUCUUUCCGCAAUUCAUUUAACUCCUUCGUGCAAAGAUCGCUUCGGCGAUCCGAGUACUUGUAUAAUCCCUAACACACGAUAGAUUCACAUACACACACGAACAGUAUCAGCACGGACCCGUGGAGUAGCAGACUUGUGCAUCUAAAACGGCCGGCGGGAACGGCGGACUGAUGGAGGUCACCCUUCAUCAGGGCAUUUGGAAAGUAGGAGACGCGGCGGGGACACAGGUGUCCCUUUUCCUAGAUAUUAAUGUCCUACAUAUGUGCGAUGCGGCGACCAGUGAAUAUAGC